UUCUAUCAUAAGUCUGUCUUGACCAGUCAAAUGGGACCCUGGUGCCAGAGCAACCAUGACGUGGUAUACAGACCAACAGAGCUGGUCAUGGAAGAAGGUGGGGUGCAGGAUGGGCCAAUCACACAGACCUUUACUCCUUCACUUUACUGUUUCACUUUCAAAGUUUCCUACCCUUAGCCAUUACUUCUCCCUAAACGUAUUCAUCAUGACAAACCCUUUCCUAACCAUAACAGAGACCUUUUCCUACCCUUAACCAAGUAGCUAAAAAAGCUGAACAAAUGAAGGCUAACAAAAGUGGCUAAAACUAAAGUUUUAGUGGUUGACUGAUAAGAACAGUCUCUACUGCACAUUCAGACCCACCAGAAUGUGAAUCUAUUGAAUCUAUUCUCUUUUCAUCAGGAUGGACCAGCACUUCAGGCUGGUGUUCUUGUUCCAGGAAAUGUCAUGUUCAAAGUUCGUCAGUGAGUUCAGAGACCGAAAACCCAGGAUGCUGCAGUUUCUGUCCGACCUGGAGGAGACUGUUGUCCAGCUCGACAGGAUGAAGAUGGGGGCAAAGAUUUCUAGUGUGGCCGGCAGCUCAGUGGGGGCAGUUGGAGGUGUGCUUUCCAUCGUUGGUUUGGCCUUAGCUCCUGUCACAGCUGGAGUGUCUUUAGCUCUGACCUUGGCUGGGGUCGGGCUGGGAGUGACCAGCGGAGUCAACAGUUUAGUCACAGCAGCCACAGAGAUUGGGAUCAACCACAAAAAUCAAAACAAAGCUAAUGAACUCUUCCAGAAGUUUAUGGAGGAUGUGGAGAGUCUCCAGGCAUGUCUAGAGGAAGUGUCCAGUCAGGCGUUCACCGGAAUCGAGGUGAAUAAAUUCGACAUGGCCCUGGGUGUUGGCAAAGUGCUUGCUAAAGUUGGCGCUGUUGGAAAAAGCAUUGAUUCCAUUGUUGAUGCUGCCUCUGCUGUGAUUGUAAAUAGUGACGACCUGAUCCUAAGUGCUGGUAAGGUGGCUGGCCAGCAAGGUAAGUCAUUACGUAACAUACCCAGGGUGGCCUCAGACAUCCCAGAUAUAGGACAAGCAGCUGCCAGAGGGCCUCUUGCUCUUACCAAGUCAGCCAGAGCUGGUUUCCUCCACUGGAUCAGACACCAAAAGAAAACCAGGAUUACAUUAUACAGUAGGCCAGAGUCGGUGAUUGGACAAUGUUUUAUGGCCACAAUCAUAUCUUUCCUCUGUGCUAAGUCUAAAAUCAUGUUAGGCCAAUCUGAUGUGAUUGGCUAGAGAUUGUUGAAGAUCAUCUUUUAUCAUCAAAGUGCAUCUUUGAUUAAUUCUUAAUUAACUGUGGUUCUAU